CGUACGCAUCAAUUUGUACAGUCUUCAGCAGCAACCCUCUCCCCGCACUGACUUAGGAGGGGAGCGGAGAAAGGAACAUUUCGGCAUUAUUGCAAUGUGAACCUACCCGUACCUUACAGUGUAUGCAUGCGCUCAAUCCAGUCCGUGUAUGACAACGUACAGUACAACCGAGGGACUGAAAGAAAAAAGAGGAGUGGGAGAAAGGGACACGCUUCGCUGGAUACCAUAGGUCUCUUAGGCCCCGUCCAAACACAGGGGCCAGCUCAGAGCUUGUUUUUGAAAAUGGCCGCAGGGAAGAAAUGGACCACGUAGGGUGGCGACAAUGAAAACCCGAACUCACAAAGAAUCGAUGCCCAUGCGCAGUGGGCGCAGGAGGGGGGGCAGCAGUGAGGAGAGGAGGGGUAGGCGCCCUCACCCUAGCCCCUCUCGAGCCGAGCGCAAUGACAGGCAGACGCAACGCACGUCUGGCGAAGACCUGCCAGUCAAUCGCUUCAAUUGUAGAUCCCAAGGUCACGAUUCGUCCGAGAGCGAAGGGGAGGAGCUUGUUCCACCCCCAAAGAGACAGAAAGUACAGGACUCUGUGUCUUCUAAUCCCCCGACUUCAACCCAUUCCACUGACACCUCAACUUCAGCCCCGCCUCCGACCUCGGCGCCCAACCAAUCACGAGAAAGUGACAAUGAGGACGGCCAAUCCCAAGGCAGCAGGAGCUCGGUUGGCGGAAGCUUGGUCAAUAGCAGCAGCAGCCUGAGUAGCGGGCGGGACAUUGACCAGGACAAUCGCUCCUCCUCCCCGAGCCUGUCUGCCUCGCCCCUCGCCAGCCUGGACUCAGAGUCCGACUCGCCCGACUCCCCGAAGCACGGCGGCGACCGCGAGCGCCACGAGAAAACCAAGGAGAGCGCCGCCGCGGCCAAGUCGGGCGGAGAGGAGCGGAGGAGCGCCACCCGGGCUGCCGCCGAGGAGACCGUGGAGCGGAGGGACGCCGACAGCGCCAUGGAGGACGUGGCUCCCCUGAAGCCGUCCGCCUCGCUGGCGCCCUCCCUCCGAGGGUCCGUGGAGCUCCUGAGCGAGGGCAAUAACGGCGGCGGAGGCGGCGGCGGCGGAGGCAGGAAGUCCUACUUUUCCCUGGACUCCAAGCUGGUGACCAAGAUGGACUACACUGGGCCCGGCAUGGCCGAGGGUGUGCACGCUAGCAACCGGAUCAACUCCAAAGCCAACGCUCAGGGCGUGACAAAGGUGGUGGUGGGAGGGGUGGAGUUCUCCCACACGCCCCCCAACGCCAUCCAUCCUCCACCCCUGCCCCCUCCACCUGCCCUCAAGCCCCUGGAGGUGGGGCAAAACCUGCCCGGGGACUCCAAGGGAGACAAACUGGACAAGGGUGACAAGUCGGCCCCUCCAUCUCUUAUGCCCCAGACCAGCCCGUUGCCCCAGCAACAGCAGCAGCAGUCGCAGCCUGUGCCUCCCCACACCCACCAUUACACCCCCACCAGUUGGCCAGGAAACGCCACCUCCAGUUGCCCCGGAAACUGGGGCUACGCUCGUUACCCUGGCAACCAUCACCCGCACCCCCCAGUGCAGCAGCAGCAGCUACCCUCCGUCUACAACCCCCCCUCCUCCCGCCACUCCUCACACCCGCCGUACCUGCCCCACCCCCACCGGGAGUACCUGCCCAGGUACGCAGGUGGCGCGGCGGAGCGGGGGCAGGGGCAGGGGCAGGGGCAACACCAGGGCCAAGCCAGGGACUUCGGCCCCUCGGGGGCAGGUGUGCACGCCAGGGACAAGGAGGGCAGGUGGGGGGAGUUUGUGGGGCAGCUGCGAGAAUCCGGGGGCAAUGGUAACCCUGGUAACAACAGUAACGUAGCAGCGGGGAGCGUUAACGCCCCAGCGGGCGGGCUGGCUGGACUGAACCGAGACCCGCCGAGCUCACCCCAGAACAGCAACCCGAACCACCCGAACCACCCUGCUCACGCGUCUGUGCCCCCACACACACAGGGCCCGAACCACCCGGGCAGAGACUACCCGCCCGCCAUGGACGCCCCGCACCAGCACCCACCGCAGCAGGCACAGCCAGGGCAGCCCUCGCAGGCCCCCUCGUCUGGAGCAGACCCACACCCACCCCACUAUCUGAGAGAGUACCCUCCCCCGGGGUCAAAGGAGUACCCCCCUGGUGCCCCCCCCACCACCGCCGCUCACCAGGGCGGCGCUAGAGAGUACCCCAGCUCCCCAGGCAUGGCCCAGAACAUGGGCCGUGAGUACUCUGGAGGAGGGCCAAUGCCCCACCCGCCCCAUCCACACUACCAAGGCCAGCCCGGCCUGCCCGCCCAGACUCGGGACCGAGAGAGGGAGAGAGAGGGUGGUGCGCCCCCUCCUGGACACUAUCACCACAACCGAGGUGGACCCCACCCUCCUGCGCUCUCCCCUUCCACUGGAACCUACGGGCAUCCACCUGUUCCGUACCCUCCCCCGCCUCCCCCUCCCCCCACGUCCCACUCUCAGCCCCCGCCCCCAUCCGGCCACUCGGCCAAUCAUGCUCGAGCAGGACCGUACUCUGCGACCAAUCAGACGCCCCCGACCCCUCUCUCCCCUCUACCCAGCCCCUCGACCAAUCAGAUGUCUGGGAUCCCCCCCUACCCAUCAGCCCCAGCUUCGACAGCCAACAUCCCACUUCCUGCCACAGGCGUGGCAACUUCCUGCUCCUCUGGAUGCAGGCCCUCUCCCUAUCAUGGCACUUUAAAUAGUCACGGCCCUUACAGUAGCGCUUACCAUGGCAACAGUCACAACGUCAAUGCCAUGGGAACAAGCAACAACAACGCCACCAAUGGUGGUGCUCUGAACAACAAUACUAACAGCACACACAUGCAGUCCCUCUCUCCCCAAAACCCCCUGAAGGUCCAGCAUGGUCCGCACGGCCCCCCUGGUGGUCCCCCGAUGGCCAACCCUGUGGGUUCAGAUGGUACGCAUGAUGCAGCGGUUGGCUCCUUGCAGCCGCCAGUCAUAAAGGAAGAACCAAUGGAAGACAGAGAGGAGACUGACAGCCCGCCCGCUGUCCUAAGAAGCCCCUCCCCUGAGCCAAAGCCUGUCGACAUUCCAAUCCACGCCAGCCAAUCAGCUCGGUUCCACAGGGUACUAGACCGAGGCAGUGGGAACUCCUGUGCCCGCAGUGACGUUCUCUUUGUUCCACUGGACGGUUCCAAGCUGUGGAAGAAACGUAACGAGGCGAUUGAGCGCGCCAGGAGAGAGGUGGAGCAGCGGGCCCGAGACCUGAGAGAGAAGGAGAGGGAGAGAGAGAGAGAGAGGGACCUGGAGAGACAACUCCAGUGUCAGCAGAAGGAGAACGCCAACAACGCCGCCGGGGUGUUGGGUGCGGGUGGCGCCCGUCCCAACACCUCCCUGUUCUUCCCCACCUCCUCCUCCAUCCUGCUGGACCCCGCCUGUUCCUCCGCCUCCGCCGUCAACGCCGCCCACGUGGCCUCGCACCACCAGCACCACCAGCACCACCCGACCCACGUGCACUCCCUCCACCACUCCCACCCCCUCCACCCCUCCCUCUCUCACUCCAUCCCCCACUCCCUGCUCCUGCCCGGCAUGGGGGGCCCCUCCACCGUGGUGGGGCCGCAGGGGGCCCUGGGGCUGAGUCUGGGGGGGCCGUAUCUGGGGCCCGACACCCCGGCCUUGCGCACGCUGAGCGAGUACGCGCGGCCCCACGCCAUGUCGCCGCUCGGGGCAGCCGCCCGCGCCCAGCAGGGCCACCACCCGCACCUGCACCCGCACGCCCACCCGCACGCCCACCCCCACGUGCACCCCUCCUUCUUCCUGCCCCAGUUCCAGAACCCGGCGCUCGGACACCCGCACCACCUGCCUGCCGACGCCGCCACCGCCGCCGCCAUCUUGGGCUUCCUGUACGGAGGCAGCCUGGAGGGGGGGCCGGGCGGCAUGGCGGCCCACGGGGCCCACGGGGGGGGGGGGGCGGGCCACAUGGGAGCCGCGGGGCUGGGGGGGAUGGGGGGGAUGGGGUUUCCGCACGCCAUGGCCCACCGUGACCGCAUGAAGCCCGGCUUUGAGUUCAAGAGCGAGGAGCGCGUGUAUCCGGCGGCGGCCAUCACGGAGGCGGCGCUCCUGUCCCACGCGCACGCACACGCGCACACACACAGCCACACACACCCGCUGCUCCUGGGGGCGGGGGCCGCCGCGGGGGGGUCCACCAGUGACGUGUCGCUCUACGGCACCCCGCCUCCGUCCGGACCGCCCUCCCAGAGCCUCCCCAACACCCCCCUCUCCACACCGGCUGUCCGUCACACAAACCCCACCCCCCAGGCCAUCGCAGCCCAGCCCGCGGCCUCUAUAGUCCCGCCCACUCUCCCUAACCAGCCCCCGCCAGUGGCCUCCCAAGCCACGCCCACCCCGACAACCCCUGCCCAAUCAGCACAAGCCCCUACCGCCCCUACCAUUGGUUCAGGCCUGCACCACCCCGCCCCUCACCCAAGCUUCACAAACAUUAACCCCACCCACCCCAUGCCAGUGCCCCCGCCGCCCCCACCCCAGUCGGCCUCCUCCGACAGCUUCUCCUCCUCCCAGAGCCGCUCCCCACUGAGCGAGCGCGCACGCAGCGUGGAGCGAGAGCGCGACCGCGACCGAGGAGGAGGAGGCGGUGCGACGACAGGAGCAACAGCAGCAGCAGGAGCGACGGGAAGCGGAGAGACUCUGGGCCGGCUGCCCAUGCUGAACGUGACCCCACACCACCACCAGCACUCCCACAUCCACUCCCACCUACACCUGCACCAGCAAGAUACAGCGGCGGGAGGGGUGCACCCCCUAAUGGACCCCCUGGCGUCCGGCUCGCCCCUGGCCCGCCUGCCCUACCCCGGGGCCGCCCUGACGCACCCCCCCAUCCUGGCACACCCCCUCACUGAGAGCGAGGUCCUCCGACAACAGCUCUUCGGAGGUCCGUUCCGGGAGCUGCCCCAGUCCUCGUCUCUGGGUGGCUCCAUGUCGGCGGCGCACCAGCUGCAGGCCAUGCAACAGGCCCAGAGCGCUGAGCUGCACAUCCAGCGGAUGGCGCUAGAGCAGCAGUGGAUACACCACCACCACCACCACAGCCUAGCUCAGGACGAGUACUACAGCCACCUGAAGAAAGAGAGUGACAAAACACUGUGAGGGAGGGAUCCGCAGGGGGAAAGACGAGAAGAGAAGAGAAGAGGAGAGGAGAGGAGGCGAUGGACAGAAGAGGAGAGGAGAGGAGAAGAGAGGAGGCGAUGGACAGAAGAGAGAAAAGAGGAGAGGAAUAGGAGGAGCACAUGUGCAAAUAAAUAAAUAAAUAGAUAAACAAAUGAUAUUCAAACGAGAGCACUGAAGUUGACUGGCAGAACUGGAAGGACCCAGAGAGUCCCAGCAGCACGCCAAUGACCAAUGAGAAGACCCGGAACUGAGCCACCAAGUCACGUCUGGCCAAUCACAGCCUGUGUAAUUACAGCCAAACCCAUCAGGCCCCGCCCACACAUCCAGUGGAAUUUUACCAAGCUCCGCCCAGCCUCGUGAUCAUUGUACCUUUGUAAAGUAAAGGCUGUGGAGUCGGCACGGCAACAGCACCUGUAUCAUAGAAUACUCCCCAGAGAAUGUCUACAAAAUGAAGUUCUGUUUUGUGUCUUUGCAUGUAGCUAGAAGCCUACCCUGACCUGGUCAAACACUUGGUUUGUUUGUUAAUGUUUGUUUGUCUUUUUGUUUAUGUUCUGUUUGUUCGUUUGUUUUUUGUUUUUUUUAGUGAAGCCCUCACUUUAAAAGGACGGCUUUUUUUUUAAUAAGUAUGCAUGAGACCAAUUUAGUGACAUAUUAUGUUUAUUAUUGAUAGUAUAAUGAUAAUAAUUAUUAUCAAUGUUGUCUGUUUGUUAAUAAUGAUAUGAUUAUAUAAACAUAUUAUUUUGUAUUAUUUUUUUACAUUUUCAUGG